UGUUAUCUGUAGUUUAAUUGUAAAUUUAUUUUUUUAAAUUGUAAUGAUUAUGUAUUGUUACCAUAUUACAUCGAAGUUCACGGCGUGAAACCCUGUUAAAAAUAUCUUUUAUCGGUAGUAAAUCUUAUAGAACACGAUAAAUUGUGUUAAAUGUUGCAGAAAGAAGCGUACAUUUAUUACUCUUUGUCGGCCAAAUGAAGAUAUAAUGUUCCUGUGUCAAGAUAAAAGUAAAAAAAAAAGACUUCAAAAGCCAAACAUAUUACGUAGAAACCCCAAGACUUUUAAAUCAAUCAACAAGGACCUUGACUUAAUUAGAGAAAAGCCAGUCGACGCAAGUGUAUUGCUAGAAAAUGACCAAAAAAAUGGGUCAAUAAAAGGCCACAAUAUGAAAACCUCUAGUGAAGUCAAUGAUGUCAAAAUUAAGAGCCCUGACCUCUCAGAAGUUGAACCAAAACAAACUUGUUUGAUUCCUAUCCAAUCAGAAAUAACAGAUAUUCAGCCGUCAUUGAACAUUGACUCUUUUCUGAUUAGACAUUCCAAAGGGCAGAAUAUACCCUUUAAGAAAAUUAAACAAAAUGCUGAUAGCUCUCAUGAUAAAGUCUGCUUGGCAUUUAUUGAUGAUUCAAAUCCAUUUAUUGUUGGAAACUGUAGGCAUCUGAAAGAAUUUUGUUCUUCCGAGAAGAUAAAUUUCAGCUCCAUUAUUCCACAGACAUUUAAUGAAAGAACAGAAACAGUCCAUUCAGAUAAUGAACUUGUGAGGUUUUCUAUUGAUGGCAUUUCCCAAAGUAGAACUAAGUACAAGUGUGAUGUGGGAGAUUGCGUAAAGGUGUUUUUAAGUGAAGAAAAAUUAUUGAAACAUAAGAAUACUCAUAAUAAAGUAUUUAGGAUUGCACGACCAAGUGUUUUUGAAUGUCCUGUUAAGAAUUCAAGUAAAUUAGAAGUAACCUGCCAUAAAGUGUUUUUAGUGAAAGAAGAGCUUAUUAAACAUAUAAAUGAAGAUCACUCUAUAGAUGAUGCAGGAUUUAAUUGUGACGUUUGCGAGCGUCGUUUCUUUUGGGCAUCUGGGCUACGUGCGCACAAGCGUUCGCAUGUUGAGCGUGCGUCUUUCGCGUGCCCUUGGCCAGAGUGUGGGCGCGUGUUCCGACACGCUUGUCGCCUGCGCGAACACAGCCGAGCGCACACUGGUGCCAAACCCUAUCAUUGCACUUACCCGAAUUGCGGCUGGUCGUUUCGCACAGCGAGCAAGCUACUACGUCACUCGCGGCGUCAUACUGGCGACCGUCGUCAUACGUGUGUGCAAUGCGGCCGAGCGUUUCUGCGACGCGAACACUUGCGCGACCACGAGUCUAGGCAUCACUCAUUAGAAGACACAUCUAAUGCGGUACAAGAUAAUUACACAUGUGACAUAAACGCAAAGCUACGAAAACCAGUGAAGAAGUCUGAUAAAUUCACGACAAAAGUAAAAAGAAAACAAAAUGCAUGUAAUGUAGAGAGUGACCCAGAGCGUCUUUUAAAAAAAACUGGACAAAAAUUCAUGGUUGAACUUUGGGAAGGAAAUCAAAUUAAUUUGUUGGAUGAACAGUCUGUUGCGUUACCCGAAAUGGAUACGAGGAUGGUUCAUUCGGACGUUCCACCAAAGUCUGGGGAAGUGAAGGAUUCACUUUUGGGUCCUGGAAGUUGUGAAGACUUUGUGACGUAUCCGGAGGAGGGGAAAGAUCUGGUGAUCAGUCACGGCGACAAAGAGUUUGUGAUAACAACUGCUGAUGAUUUCGUCAUUCAGGCCAGGGAAGAGGGAGAAGACUUAGUGAUUACAUCCCAUUUUGAAGGAGAAAGAGAUUUCGUGUUGACGACCGGUCCUGAUGAUUUAGUAAUUACUGGGGAGGAAGCAAGGGAUGAUCAUGCGGCGCGUACGCAUUGCACGUGGCCUUUGCGGAAGGCGGGUUACAAUUCCGAUGAUUAUGUCCUAGAAGAUGAUGUUCAGGUAGAGCAGUUAGAAGGAUCAGAAAGUAAUGUGUUCACUGUGCGAAGCGAUCUGUUCCUUCAUGGCAGUGUCUUCCACAAUGAUGAUAGCGAACAGAUGUGCAGUGCAGUACGUGUGUCCGAGCGUAUACUGGAUUCGGAACUCAUGUUGGACGCACCUUCCGUGCAUCUUGCGCAGGAGGAGCUAUAUACAGAUGCAGUGGACGAGUCAUCAUUCAGAGUUUUGCUUUUAAGUGGUGAAGAACUCACAUGAGCGAUUUUCCUAAAAAUCGUAUAUAUUAUUAAGAAUUAUUUUAAAUGUAUGAAACUAAAAACUAGAUUUUUUAUACUAAUACUUUCAUCUAAUUUCUUGAGGUUCAGGUUGCGAUAGAGAUGCUAGAUAGUAAGGCUAACUCCGCGAGAAGUCAUUACUGUAUUGCCGAAUACAAUACAAUAACUGCCGAAUUUGUAAUUCCAAUAUCGACUUUGGGGCUUAAUUACAUUUGUCUAAAUAAUGUUACCUGUCUCACGUCUCGGUGCCCGUGCCGUUACUCUUUCACUUUCAAUAAUGAACAUUCAAAAUCGGCAUUUUAUUUGUCUGGGGUUUUUACAACAAUUGGAAAAAGACACCGAUAGCUAAGCAUAUAGAUUUGAUUUUUUUAAUUAAAAAAAAGCAAAUAACAUUAUGAAAUGGUAGAAAAGUUAUUAAGAAUAACAUAUAAAGGUGUUCAUAAUUAUGUAUUUAUAAGCAUACAUAAUCGUUGUCUAUUUACAAUUAUUGUAAAUCUCAAUAAAGGUACGGAACGGAGGUAUUGAAUGCGAAAUAUUCGAUUAAGUGGAAUAGCUAUUGUGAGUAACGAUGUACGAGUACUGGUAUUGCGUCUCUAUCGCUCGAGUAUAGAAAAAAUAUUACCAUAUUUUUGUUAAUGGACGAGGACUUUAGAGGAAAAAUCUUAAUACUAAAAAGGUGCUCAAAAUUUAAUUGCGAUGUUGUGUGUGAAGAAAGUUUUUUGAUACGUUUAGGUACGAAGAGAAAGAUUUUGCUAGUUAGGACGUCAGAGUAUAGUAAGAUCUCAUGGAUUGUUUUGAAUUGGUAAGGAGAUAUGCCCUUGUAAGCUUUGUAGGAUAACCAAUACACAGCGUUUUGCAUACAAUUAUAUUAAUUCAUUUUCAGGACAGUGUUUAUAAUUCCGUGCGUUGUUGUUCACAAAUUGUUUUUCUGCCCGAACUCGUCAUUGAUUUUAUACAUUAAUUUGAAUUUCCUAGUUAUCCUUGAUGUAUUCUGUAUCAUAUAAAACAUCGAUUUUAUAUAAGAUUAAAGGAUUUGGUAUUUGUUUUAAGGUAAAUGAAAAUACUAGCUUCAAACAGGUAACCAUUUGUAACAUGACAAAUAUUUUUUUAUCAUGGCAGCGGUAGUUAGGUGUUGUUCUUAGAACCUAUGUUAUAUACGCUAUUGGUGCAGAC